AUGGAACAGCUAGGCAAUCUCCGCGAAACAGACGACAUCCGCGAAACAGACGACAUCUCUGAAAAUGUUAACUCAACACGCACGGAAGCCGAGAAAGUCCUUCACAUCUGCCGUGAACUUCAGAAGAUGAAAAUGACUCCCAAAGAAUUCAUCAUCGCUUUUCUCCAGUCAAACGAUCCUAAUAUUGCUUACCGACGACGAUACUGGCGCACUGAAACUGGGCUGAAGAGUACUAUGGAGGUUGUUCAUGCAAUUAAGAUGAUGACAACCAGCACACAUUCAGGUUCCAAAAGCUGGAAAGAAUUCAUUAGCAAUGAGACGGUUGAAAUACUACUUCAAGAGAACCCUCCAAGCGGCUAUUACCCUGAUGGCUCCUUUUACAGUAGCCAAGAUGUUGAACCGUCGUUUUUUACACACGAAGCAGCUUUGGAACGCGAGAGAUUACUCAGUGAAGAACACAUGCCGUUCCUGUUCACAAUUUUAAAGCAAACGAUGAACGACAGCAACGGCAACAAAGAUGACACCGAAGGAAAUUUUCAUCAAUGUGACGAUCCGGAUGCAGACCGACUAAUGGAGCUUGAAGAGACCUCAUUUGAAUCCGACCCUUUGAACCGCAGACACAAUGGCCUGCAGCUCUUCAAUAGCAUCCGAUUUGUCUCUGCUGGCCUGAGUGAGCAGAUGAACGAUUAUCUUCACUUCAUCGGAAUUACAUCGUGUCGACAAACCGCAAUCACCACUCUUACCAUUUUAUCUUCUCGUUCGGCGCGUGACCUCAAGAUAGGGAUGAAGCUUGAUAAAAGUUUUCCGCUCGGCCCCAGUAUAUGUAUAGACAAUCUUGAUAUGGAGCAGCGGGUUCAUACACAUUCCGUCGGCCAUCGAUCGAUGAUGUUUCAUGGCACCUGGGGUUACAUUCAUCACCCACCACGAUCUCUUCUAGCGACAGUGAAUCACGAUGAACUUACCUUAGACUCAUAUUACAAAUCACUUAGCAAUAUCCCAAAUUUGAAACUUCGACCGUCUCUUCUCAUGCCAACUGUAGAAGAGGACUUGCAUUAUGAGGCAGUUCUUAAAAGUCAAAUUGCACGAGUCAUGUAUCAUUACAUUGCUCAACCGUUACAUAAACAGACUGCUAUUCCAAUGAACCCGCCUCCAAUAGAUGUCCUUGAUCCGUCUCCUCCGAAAAUCCAGAUGCUGAAGCUAAUGGACGCUUCAGACAACUCAGCCCAGGGAUUUGGACAAGUUGUUCAAACAAUACUCAAUCAAACUGGCCUGACACCGGAAGAGUUUUGCUCACGACUCCAACUCAUGGACGGAGACCUUGGAACGUCUCAGAACUUUAAUUCGAUCCGGGCGGUUCGCACACCAAGCAAUUACGCUGAUCAUCGACUUCAUAAUGUCUGUUUUCAGCUGGGAGCAUCACACAUCUUGUGGAAUAUCGCACAAACGAUCUUAUCGGUUCACUUUGGAGACACAACACGGUCAAAUGAUCUAGGUACUUGGCAGUACCUACAUGCACUAGGGAUUCCCUCGGAGAAGGCAAUCCCGAAGAAGGACUUUACCGCUAUGAUUAACCAUAUUGAAAAAGCCCAUGAGGCCUCCAUUUUUUACUGCCUUCGUUUAACCAUGGGGUCAGAAAACCAGCCAAUUAACGAAUCGACAUCAACUAUUGAAACGAACGAGUGGAAUUCAAUAGUCGAAGCGUGUUACAAUCAGUUCUUUUCACCUGAGGCGCGUCAAGCUGCGUCAAAGGACGAAACACCAAAACUUCAUGCAUUCCUUUUUCGAUUGCAUGACUUCUCAACGGUUGUGGAGGCAAAUCGUGCCAUGAAAGCAGGAGACGUGGGUCGAUUAAUGAAUGUCUGGAAACUCUGGUCGAUCAUGUCUCAAGCACUGCCAGGACUUGUCAACUAUCGUUCAUACCUCCCUCGCAUGGUCCUUCUCCUCCAGAUUAUUCUUCCUCCCUCGCUGCGAAAGUACAUCCUCCACACUCUACUUAUAUCGCCAAGUGGCCGGGCAAACCAUUUUGUGGCCAAAGAUUACUAUCUGGAGUUGCAAAAUUACUCUCUCAAAUACUUUUACAAUUGA